CGAACACAUCACUAAUAUUAAAAUUAAAAUGUGUAUGAAAGGGAUAUGCAGUGUACUAAUAUUAUGUUUAGUGGCAACUGAAUGUUUUGGUCUGUAUGAAGCAGAUUCAAAGGUAGUAAAGUUGACAAAAGAGAACUUCAAAACAUUAGUAUUAGAAUCGAAUGAGCCAUGGAUGGUUGAAUUUUAUGCACCAUGGUGUGGACAUUGUAAAGCAUUGGCUCCUGAAUAUAAUAAGGCAGCAAAAGCUUUAGAUGGAAUAGUUCAUAUUGGAGCAUUAGAUAUGACAACAGAUGGUGAAGCAGGAUAACCAUAUGGAGUAAAUGGAUAUCCAACAAUAAAAUAUUUCGGAGUUAAUAAAGGAGAUCCAAUAGCAUAUGAAGGUGAAAGAAAAAAGAAUGGAAUAGUUGAUUACUUAUUAGAUAAAGCAAGAGAAUUUGCAUUAAAUAGAUUAGGUGUAGAGGUAAAGCCAGAACCAUCAAAUGAUGAUUCAAAAGUCGUCGUAUUGACAGAUGGAAACUUCAAUGAAUAAGUGUUGAAUAGCUAAGAAGCUUGGUUUGUUGAAUUUUAUGCUCCUUGGUGUGGUCAUUGUAAAUAAUUGUAACCUGAAUGGAAUAAGUUAUCUCAUUAAGCUGAUAUCCCUAUUGCUAAAGUUGAUGCAACUGCUUAAACUGAAUUAGCAAAGAGAUUCAAUAUUGAAUCAUAUCCAACUAUUUAUUUCUUCCCUGCUGGAAAUAAAUAGGAUACUCAUAGAAAGUAUGAAGGAGAAAGAAAUGCUGCUGCAUUAUUAAAAUACAUUAAAGAAUAGAAGCCAGUUGAUGGACAAUCUUAAAAAUCAGGAUCUGAUGUUGUUCAAAUCAAUUCUGAUGAAAGAUUGAAUGAACUUUGUAAAUGUAUUAAUUUUUUCCAUUAUUUAAGAACUUUGUGUCUUAGGAUUCUUACCAUCUGAUAAAGUAGAAUAAGAAGAUGCUGUUGCAAUCUUGAAGAAGGUAUCAUUCUUAUAUUAUUCUAGACUGCCUUAUCACUUACUGGAAGAGCUAAUGUUGGUUGGUUUGUUGGAGAAUAAUUCGAUGAUUUCGAAGCUGAACUCAAUGUUAUUGGUGAAGGGUAUUAUACUCUUUAUAUUUCUUAAGAUAUCCAUAAGUUGUUGUCUUAGAUUUGAGUGCUAGAAAACACUAUAGAUUUAGAAGAUAAUUGACAGUCGAUAAUUUGAAUGAAUUUGUUAAGGGAGUCAUUAAGAAAACUGAAACUGGACAAUCAUUCUCUAAUUUACCUAAAUUGAAUCCUCAAAAAUCAGAUUUAUGAUGUAUAUUAUUAAGUCAAAAUAUUUAGACAUUCUUAAAC